AUGGGGUUCCUCUCCCUCCCCACGCCAUUCAGGCGUUCGCGAAGAGACGACUAUGAGCCGCUCCCUCGCUCCCCAGUCCCCUCAACCUCGAGCUGGGAAAGUGACGAGAGCUUUGACGUUGCCCCACCCCCCCGCCGUAUCCCGCUUGGACUCCGCGACCCCGCCUUCCUCAUCCCCGCCCUCGUCUUCUUGGGCGCCGUCACCGGCCUCUUCGCCGCUUUCCCCUUCCCCACAACUAUACACGCUUUCCUCCCACUCGCAGGUGCACUCGCAGCAUGGGUCGCAGUAAGCUGGACAAAGCUCGCAGUCGGAGCUUUACGUGCUUGGCGCACACCAAAGCUCGACGUCCCGCGCCGCAGAUCAGCCACACACCUCACCGCACUCGUCGCGUGCACCGCCCUUAUGGGUUACUGGCUCUCUCUUGGGAUUACGCCCCGCGCCCCAGUCCUUGCCACCCUCGCGCCACCAGAGGACACGCCACGCUACUUUAUCGCCGCAAACCUCUACAACAACGAGCACCUGCUUCCACGCUGGACUCGUGAGGUCCUCCGCGUCGCCAAACACUUGGGGCCCGAGCGCACAUUCGUGUCCAUCUACGAAUCGAACUCGGUCGAUGCAACUCCGCAACUGCUCACCGAGUUUGGCGAGCGGUUGACAGCAGCGGGUGUUGCUCACCGUAUCGUAUCGGACGUCACAGAGCGGUGGUGGCCGUACAGCACGAGCCCGGAGCGCAUCCGUCUUCUCGCCGACGCGCGGAACCGUGCACUUGAGCCCCUCCAGAGCCCUGAUGCCGCUGUCCGUCUCCCAGACUAUCAUUCGUUUACUAAGGUGCUGUUCCUGAAUGACGUAGUGUUCUCCUGGGACUCUGCGAUCCGCCUUCUUGGCACGAGCCUUGAUGGUGAGGACGGCGAGGACGCGUAUGAUCUGGCAUGCGGCAUGGACUUUGCCAUUUCGGGCCUGUACGACACAUGGGUCGCGCGCGACGUCUGUGGCGCGCCGUUCCGUAUCUUCUGGCCGUAUGUCAAGGACGAGCCCACGAUACGGCGCAUCCGCAACAAUCGCCCAUUCGAAGUAUCCGCCUGCUGGAAUGGUAUAGUCGCGUUCCCUGCACGGGCGUACCUGUACCAGCCGACGACAGAGGAGAAGGCUUCGAGCCGAUUGUAUAAGCGCGGUUGGAAGAUGAUCGACAACUCGACGUACCCAAACAGCGUCGAAUCGCCGACCCUCACGCUGCCUCUGCAGUUCCGCGACUCUGGAGUUGGCGCGUGCGAUCAUUCCGAGUGCUUUUUGUUCUCGUAUGACUUGCACAGGUUGUACCCCUCGCCCGAGAGGCCGCCGCGCAUCAUCAUGAACCCCGACGUUCGUGUCGCGUACCGGAGAAGCUGGUAUAAGUGGCACAACGGCGUGUUACGGAUCCCGGUCGUCGAGUGGUGGCUCUACCACUGGAGCCACGGCGUGCCAAAUUACGCAGUCGACUGGCUGGUCGAGUGGCUCUCUCGCCGGCGCGACUACUGCACGUGGGGUGCGCUGUCGCCUCACUUGCCUGCGCGGUGCCCGCCACUUCCUGGUCCGCGCGACUUGUCGUGGAACGAGUAG